AUGCUUUUAUUCACCCUCACUGCGUUUCUUCUUACUUCCUUCAGCGGCUUAUGCCAUGCUCAAGUUAAGGGGAAUGCCAUCCGCUGCGGUCAGGACGAUAAGAGCGAUCAGGACACUAGAAAUUUCUGCCGGUUCAUGUUCACUUCAGACCGCACACUGAAGAUCAAUGGAGAGUUUCGCGGCAAUGCGAGGGUCAAACUUAUAGGCAAUUACGCCGGAAAGGUCAUUGACAUCUACUUUAAUAGGGAGAUCUUUGGCUGUGGUGCGGCAUUGAUAUGGCAAAAGAUGAUUGUCGAACCUAUUGCCCAUGUCGAUGGUGUGCAGACGGCUAUCUCGAGCUGGACUUUCAAUCAGGUCUUUCCCUAG